UAGAUUAAAAGAUAGUUGUGAAGUCCAGGCGUCCAGAUGCGACGGCGACGAAAGCCAAGCCAAGCUGGCUGACCCUGACUUUUCACCCCCAACAUUUGCAGUUGCAGACCUAAUAAACAGUUUAUAGAUCUCUCAUCCCGAUCCCAUCCUGCCCUAAUUUCCUUCUUCCCAACCCGAACAUCCACGUACAUUCAAUGGGACUCUUCGCCUACGCCUUGGCCGGCGGCAGCUUCGUCUUCAUCGGCGCCUGGGAAUCUCUCAUCUCGUUCCCCCAGAACCAGAGGUCCGCAUCUUCGGCAACAACGGCUCAACAACCUUCUCAGAGAACGAAGACGAGGACGACGUCUUCUGCUUCUUCAUCGAUUACCUCCGUAUCCGUCUGUUUCGUUUCCUUCUUCUUCAUCUUGAACUCUCUAAUUUCCAUGUUCGAUGCUCUCAAAUCUCGAGAUCGGACCGGUUUGGUGCUCCAGCUGGAGGUAAUCGCGAUUGCUUCGCUUUUCUUUCUCUACUCCAUGCUAGGUCUCUUGUCGCACUUCAAGAAUUCAAUCCUGCUGCCUUCGUCGAUCCUCAAUUUACUGUGUCUGUUCGCCUUUUUCGAGGAAUUCUUUUUGUUUUACCUUCAGAGAAAGGACACGAGCGGAAUCGAGAACCGGUACUUCGAUCUCUUGCUUGUUCCAAUAGGGAUUUGUGUGUUCUCAACGAUUCUCGAAUUGAAAACCCCCAAAUCAAAAUUUUCGAGGACGGCCCGUGGAAUUGGGUUGAUUUUGCAUGGGAUGUGGCUUGUUCAAAUGGGCUUUUCGUUUUUCUCCGACGCAAUGGCGCAUGGUUGUUCUUUGCACGAGAAGAGCAGAGGGAAUUAUACGGUGAAGUGUAAGGGGCACCCCGAAUAUCACCGGGGCCGAGCAAUUGCGACGCUUCAGUUCAAUUGCCAUCUUGCUCUGCUUGUGGUUUUCAUUGUCGGGGCAUACUCAAUUAUCUGUAGAAAGACUGGAAUUGAAGGUGAUUUAAUGCAGUAUAGGCCUCUUGGUGCUGAAAUGCAGCAGUUGGAUGGCCAGGCUCGGUUCACUUUGGAUUCUGAUGAUGACAAUGAGGAUGGUAUUAGGGAAGAAGGGAAUCUGGAAGACCAGAAGACUGUUGUAGUGGUGCCUGGAUCAGAGAUGAAUGGUCACGAUUCUCACUGAAGAGAUUGGGCCCUUCCCCAGCUCUACUCCUACACCGUCCCUACCUAUCUAUGCGAACCCAUCACAUUUGUUUGAGGGAUUUCAGAGUUCGGUAGGCUAUGCUCAUUCCAGGGCAGUGGGCAAAUCCUGGGGUUAUGAAAACUCAGUUUUACAUUGCUAUAAAGGAAAUUAAACCAUGAAAAAAAUUACAUUGUUGUCCUCAAGACAGUUUGGAUACAUCAGGGGAAAAUGUUAGCCAGCAUAGUGGAUUUAGAAGGGGAAAGGAGGGGAAAUGUCUGCAUAACUAUUGUUUUUUUUCAACAUGGUAGAAGUUUCACAUGGUGGAUUCAGGAUUUCCCAGGUAAACAUUACACAAGAAUUAUUCUGAUAGUUUAAAGUUGUUUUCAAUAUUUUGUAAAACAUAAAGAUAUAGCUGUUGUAUCAGAUUCCUUGUCCAUUCUUAUUCUUGGUUCUUCAUUCAGUAAUUGCAUGUGUUUUAGCUA